AUGUUUAUUCUCUUUCUCUUACAUCAGGCCGUUGUUCUCUUCGCCCUCAUCGCCUGCGCUGCCGCCAAGCCCGGUCUCCUUGUUGCCGCUCCAUUGGCUUACGCUGCUCCCGCCGCCGUCGUUGCCGCUCCAGCCCCAGUGGUGACCGCCACCAGCAGCCAAGUGAUCGCUCGCAACUACAAUGGCAUCGCCGCUGCUCCAAUUGUUGCCGCCGCUCCCGUAGCCGCCCCAGUGGUUGCCCGUUAUGCCGCUGCUGCCCCUCUGGCCACACCACUGGUUGGUGCACACUACGCCGCCGCUCCUUUGGCUGCUCCACUCGUCGCCCGUUAUGCUGCUGCUCCUCUAGCUGCACCGCUUUUGUGGUAAGAACCGAGUAUUGAACGUUAUAAAAGACUGAUACUGAUAUGUUUACCGUUGUAAAAUAAAUGUUUAAUAUAUUGUGAAGAUAUAAUUGGUUACUAAUUUGGCGAACUGCAGAAAACUUAUGUACUUACUUAUGUACAAAAAAUAAGGUGACAUUAGAAUUUAAACUGCGCGCGUCGAAGGAUUUGGAGAAUUAUUU